GCCUCUCCCCCGCGGCGGGGACGUUCCUGGAGGAGCAGCUGGUGCGGAGCCUCGUCCUGCUGCAACGUUGUGGCGUCCCUGGCUAGGCGAGGCGGGCGGGGGGCGGGAGGGCGCCAGCCGGGGGGCCCAGGCGAGGCCCCGCUGCGGGCCGGCCACCGCACAGGCAGUGCAGCGGCGGACACACAAAUGCCCAAUAAAGAAUUUCACGCCUGUCCCACCCUCUCCACAAACUUCCCAGGUUAGCAAGGACCUGCACGUGUGAGUGGGCUUUUCUUCUUCCUCCUCCCCGCCGCAGGUGGCGGAGCGCUGCAGCUGCCCAGGCAGGCGUUCGCCCCGGGAGCGUCGCUGCAGCAGCAGCCGGGUCCGGUCCCUGUGGCUUGGGAAUGGCACGAAAGCUGGAGCGGCUGGGCUGUGGCGUUUGAAGACCCAGCCUGCCAGUCGGUGCGUCUGAUCACUGACUCCCAGAGCAAGAGUCAGAGGAAACCUGCCAACUUCUUGUGGAGAACGAGUCAUAUCCAGUACAUGUUGCGUGUCUUCUGAGAGAUUCAGGUGCUCAUGAAAGAAACAUGCAAAACAUAACGGAGAAAGCAGCCAAGCAAUCGGGGGGGUCCUUUCAAGCAAUCAGGCUCCUCCCUACUGCUCCUGGAAAGGGAAGCUCCAGGUCUAACUUAUAUGCCCAGUGUUGUCACACAGCUAAUAAAGAUCCCUGUGGCUCUCUGCUGCCAAGAUGUCCAGUAACAGACUUUCCUGUUUGUGCGUGGAACCCAGAUUCCCUUUGUAUGCCCUUGAUAUCCUUAGCAAAAAGGAAUUUCAUUGAUUCAUCCCCAGAGGCUUCUAGUCUCGUGAGGGGGGCUCGUGUGUUGGCAAGGAGAGAAGCUGAUGGCCAUUACUACCUGGGCCACAUUGCCCAAGAGGCCUCCAGGGAACGCUUUUUAAUUGAGUUUGACAAAAGCCGCAGUCUGAAAGGCAAGGUACAGCUCUGCUUGCAGGAAACGCCUCUCUACGACAUUCUCCACUAUGACGAUGCCAGGCAACAGCCUCUUGCUCCGGGAGACAGGGUCUUGGCACCAUGGGAGGCUAGAGCUGAACGUUUUGGCCCAGGCACUGUGCUAAAGGUUAUGGAGAACAAGGAGGCACAUUUAGCAUACAACAGAAGGGUAGUGCUUGUGAAUUUCUGGAAUGGGCAGACUAAGGAGGUGUCUUCUGACCAAGCUCUGCAGAUUCCUCUGCCCUUAAGUGAACGCAUCAUCCUAGAACUGCAGAUGCCUCUAGCAGCCAGGCAGAUGUUGGUAGAGUCAAGCUUGGAUUACCCAUAUGUUGUGACACCGGGUUAUAGAGCCUCAGGCCAUUACAGACAAGGUCACUCAGACCUGGACUGCUGGUCAAGGGGUCUGUAUUUGACUCAGCCAUGUGCUAAGUGCAGUUGUAGGUGUACCUUGCUUCCCCAUUGCUGCCUUGCAGCCUGGGAACACACAUGCAAAAUGCAGCAGGAAGACGCCUUCAUCCCAGGAUCGAGCCUGACUAAAGAAGAGCUCAGCAAGAAAAUAGAAGAGCAACUGUCUGAAAUGAGGAUUUCAUCUCCAGAAAGUGUUUCCAGAGAGGAAGAGAAAAAGGAAGAUAAGAGAUUGAAGACAGAAGAUGUUCCAAAAUAUGUUCAGUCUUGUUUGGAAGAGGACAAUGAGCUUACAGAACCUAAGAAGAGUCCUCAGAGAGAGAUUGCUCACACUAUGGUUGAUGCUGCUGUCAACACAGAUAGCUGGUUAGUGGAGGUAGUCCACAAGGAAGAAGCAGACAGCAGACAACAAGAUGCUGAAACCGAGGUUAAUUUUAAACACCAGCAAGGUCUUUUUGAGUCCAGAGCAACAGAAGCUCCAAUCCAGCAUUCCCAAAGGAGCUCUUCCCUCGGAACCAGUGCUUUGGUUCCUUUCAGGCGCCAAAGCUUCUUUGACCAAGUGAAUCAAUCACUAGAGAAAGACAGCCUGACCAUCAAAUCAGCUCUACAUGCACAGAGACCACUCAGUGCCUCCAAUGUGCAGACUAGGAGAUCCACAAAUCCUCUAAAUCUUUUAAAAGACAAAAGCAUUACAAAAUCAAUCCUUAAUGGUGCAUCUCAGGAGAGACGGAAAGAGAUGGAUUUCAACAGAGCCGAGAUGGAGCACAAAAGGUGGCAAGAGGAACACAGGCAGCUGAAGAAGAAGCAGCAGCAAGAGGCAGAUGGCAUUCGACGCCAGCUGCGCAGGGGCAACCAGAGGCAGAAGUUGUGUCAGAGAACAUUGCAAGGGCUGGAGAAACAGCUGGAGCACAAAGACAGGGCUUUGCAGCACAUGGCACUGCUCCAGGCUGCUGGGGCAGAGAGGAGCAGGAAGGAAUCCUUCUUGCUAGAGAAGAGGAAGGCAAGUCAGAGGCUACAGUUCUUGAAGACACAGCGUUUGCAGAGAGAGGAGUUGCAGGCAGAACACAAUGGAAGGAGCUCUGAACAAGAGAAAGAAAGGCUGGAUUUUCUCAGGAGCAGAAUGCAGUCACGGCAGGAAAUGUUGGAACAAGUAUUACGGGAGCAGGACAGGCAACAAAACCAGCACCAAGCUGCCAAAGGGGGAGUGUUCCAGAGCCGAGACCAUUCACAGCAGAAGAUGAAAAAAGGUGGCCAAAACCUCUGUGACCUCCAGCAGUAUCUCAGAGAAGAGAAUCUUUAAUGCUGCAGGCAUCAGUGCUAGCGUAAGGAAGCUGCAGAGUGGGUAAGCAGGCCCUUGAGCAGUUCACAGACCCGAUCUGUAUCUUGUAGGUGUGAGUCAGUGUGCUGGAGCUUGGGUGCUUGAAUGCAGUUGUGACCAGUGGAAUUAUGAUUCCUGGAGAGGUCUUUAAUCUCCCUUUCAUUGCAGCCAGACUGCAUUUUCACUGCUCUGUCCUUUACAUGCCUUUCUUUCUGGAGUUACUGCUCUAGUCCACCUCUGUCAAAUUGUUCUUCCAACUUAAGCAUGUGCAGUGACCCAUCCGACAGACCCAAUUCGGCGAGCAAGAGCUGCUUUGGUAUUUAAUAGGAGACAAAGCCACAGUGCCAGCUUUUUGCUCCAAAGGCAUCUGGAAGGGGCUGGCUCUUUCCACGGGACUCCAAGGAGUCAGGACCUGUAGUGCUGGGUAGUGAGUCUGAGGCUGGUGGAAGCGUAAUGGGGCAACCCAGAGUGGAGCAACAGAGGACCUGGGAGUUACGAAAGUGAUGCAAUGGCCACAAGACCUAUAGCUUGGCAGAGGGGCAUCAGGUUGUAACUGCUUUCAAGAUGUAAAUGACAGAGAAAGGAAUUUGUUAAGUGAGGGCACAGGCCAUAUGAUAGUGUAGGAGGUGAAGAACAAGAACGAAGGUCAGGAGAAAUGCCCUGGGAAUAAGUGCCUCAAGUGAAGCGGUGGAAGCGCAGGCGCAGGUUAUGUCCUGCUAAUACAAGCCUGCAGGGAAAUUAAAUCCAGGCCUGAAAAGGCUUCCACUGCUGCAUUCUGGGAACUUUCUGUCCUGCUGUGUUCCUUCCAGACCAGUGCCAAAAGACCACAUUUCUUUAAGGUCAUGGACCACAUAAAAUAGGAAUUGUAGUUUACGUGAUGCUGUUGUAUGACUUACCUUGCUGUGUCAAUGUUAUAUGAAAUAAUGGGGAAGGAGAGCUGGACACCAGAUGGAUGUGAAAAAAAACCCCAACAAAACCCAAACACCUGCAGCAAUGAAAAUGUACAUGCUAAAAUACAAUGUAUAUUAUCCACUGCAGUUUCCAUUAUUAACAACUGACUCUUGCAAACGUCCCAUGCACAUGAGUUGCAGAGAUCUACAGAGAAGUCUCCAUACAUGUGACAGAGUUGUGCUACUCCCUGCCAAGACUGCUGUAGAGGGCAGGGCAGGAUCCAGUGACAGGAGAGGUGUUUCAGAAAACCUGGUAAGACGGUUUGGAACUCUCCAACUCAGGCUUCAGGUAAGCGUAGACAAUCUACUGUCAGGGUGUACAUACUCCUUGGAAUACAUAGGCCAUUUCUCUAGAGGAGGAAUGACUUAUAGAAGCCCAAAAUGCAAAAAGGAAGAUGCUUUUCUGGUGACAAGCCACCCUUUCUAGGCAUUGUGAUGAGAAAAAUGUCUGUUCUCCAAAUUACAUGUCUUUGGAGAAUCACCAAACCCAAUGGUGGGCUUGGGGGUCUGUUUUGCCUUACGAGCUUUCAGGCUGGCAGUCUCCAAAAGCAGGUAAUCUUAUGUCAGGAACAUACUCAGAUACCUUGGCAGGUAGGGUGCCUGGUCAGAAUAAACAGACUUUUUGUUCACCAUGAACAAAGGAGGAGAAUGUUACAACGACAAGCAAACUGGUAAAUUGACACUUAAGAAAUUGUGUAAGACUCCAAGGUAGCCAGCAGUGCUAUAACAAGAAGAGCUCCCCGUUCAGGCUAUAGGGUAAAAACAUAGUUACCACCUGGAGUCCACAGUGUAACUUACUCAUGCCUCCCCUGUUUCUAAGUGCUUUACUGACUUUCCUUACUGAAGCAUGUGGUGUCAGCCACUCACACGGACAAGCUAUGGCCUUCUUCCCUCCCCCGAAAGGAAACAGUAAGGCCCAUCAAGAGAGUUUUCUGCAACAGGAAAGGAGAGAAGAGGGGUUUUAGUGCAUCUUACUCUGAUGAGUGGAGGUGCCUUCUUUCACAAAGGGGAGGAGGAGGUUAUGCUUUUCACAUCCUGAAGUGCUGUCCCUUUUCCUCAUAUCAUUAGAGAUACAAAAUACAGUGGCUGUGUCACAGAGAAUGCUAUUUAUUAUCAGCUUUGGGUAGCCAGAAAUGUAACUUCUUUUCACAUGGGUAUUUACAAAAGGAGAAUGGACUUGGCACAAUUUACUUGCUGGAACAUUGAAAGCUGUAUCAAAGGAUAUUCUUAUUUUACAUAAAACUGUGCUAAAAUAUAGUAUUUGCAAUACCUUGUUUUAAUACCUAGAACCAAACUAGAUGCAAAAUUUAAAUGUUGUUGCCUGACAUUCUGUGUACACUUAGAGACAUGUUACGCAUUUUCUGGCACAUCACUUGGCAAAAAGUGUAAGUUUUAUAAAAAUUCACCCCUUUUGCAGGAACAUGGCACCAGUGAUAAUAGCAGUUUCUUUAAAAAAAAUAUGUAAAAUUAAGAAAACUUAUAAAAGGGAGCUCCUUUGACAUUCCGCCAAAUCUUUUGAAUGGCCAGCAGUUUCUUAGCAGUAAGUCUCAGACUACAUACCUCCAGAGAUAACUGAGAGGUUAUGCCUUCACAGCUCUCCCCAAAAAAACAGUUAAAGUUAAGUUUCUCAUCCAGAUGUCUACAAACUCUUCUAAGGUUUGUAAGGUAAAAUAGCUAAAAGGGGUAUUCUUAAUUUAGGAUCCAGAAUAUGCAUGAACUGUCUUGAGAUUUUUGGGUUGUUGGUUUUUUUUUAAAAAAAAAAAAAAAGAAAAGAAAAAAAGGAAAAAAAAAGGAAAAGGAAAGAUGAACCUAAAUACAAGUAAAGGCUUUGACAUUUUGUUUAAGUUAAGGUCUGAAAAAAAUUCUAACUUACUGCAUAUAUGGAAAUUACCUGCGAGGCACAAUUUUGCAUUUUAAAAAUGGCAUUUUGUCAUUUGGUUUAAAUGCUGUUUAGCAUCUGGAAAAGUUGGCUGAAAUUUGCUCAGCAAGAACAUGGGUGACUGCCCAAGUCCUGUGUGACUAAUAGAGUAAGCCCAGGCUGCACACGCUGCAGCGUGGUGCGCCUGCCACCUCUACCCCCCAAGCUGGAUGGAAAUGGGAGGGGGCACGCACAUGACUGCGGGAAAGUGGGUCCUGGCAGCACAUGGAGAAUUUCUUCAAUGUAGAGCUUGCUUUUCUUCUUUUUUGAGUUCUCUUUUAUGCAAAAUCAUGUGCUAGUUAGGACAACAGUGUACCUAGUUAUGACUUUAAAUCUAACUGGACUUAGAGAAACAAGCCUAAAACUUAAAAGAUAUUAAACUCUACUGCUGUUUGUGUCCUUAAACAUUUGGAAAUGGAAUAUGAAAUGAUUAAUGGGAAGUACAUGAAAUAGAUUGAGCAGAAUCUAAACUUAUUUUUCAGACUUUAAUUGUAUGUCAUUAAUCAUUAUUUUAUAAUCACCAUAAAACAGCAGCUUGUCUGCUGAUAUACUUUCUCUUCAUUGCUUAACCAUCUGAAAACAGACCACUGCAGACACCCUGUGCUGCUGCAAUUUCACAUACAGUAUAUCUGGAAACAUA